AUGUUGAAGCGCAAGAACGAAGAGGAUGAGGCGACUGCUGCUAAGCGGGUGGCCCUCGAUAACGAGAGUGCCGACCAGGAUGAGCCAACUGAGAGCAAUAGCCAGCCAGGCUCACCAGAGCCUUCCAAGACGGAUCAACCUGCAGAUAGCGACCAACAGUCACAGGAACGGAUACCCCAGCCCGAAGCUCCGGAGCCCGUCACGCACCACAGGCCAACCAAUGACGAUCCUACCUAUGUGCACUUUCGAAUGCUUUGUUCAAUUAACGAAACUGCUGCCAUUGUCGGCAAGGGCGGCGAGACAAUCAACAGAAUCAAGGAGAUGUCCAGUGCAAGAGUGAAUGUCAGCGAAAACCUCAAGGGUAUCCCCGAACGUGUCAUCACCGUGCGUGGACCUGCCGAGUAUGUUGCAAAAGCGUUUGGGCUUAUCACAAGGGCGAUUAUGGACGAGCCUUUCAACCAGGCCUCUACUGUGGAGUCGAAACAAAUUAAUUUAAAGCUGUUGUUCCCCCACACAAUAAUUGGCUACAUCAUAGGGAAAAGGGGGGCGAGGUUCAGAGAAAUCGAGGAUAAUUCUGCUGCAGCGUUGAAAGCAAGCGACCAGAUUCUCCCUGCUUCGACAGACAGAAUCCUCCACAUCACGGGAGUCGCGGACGCCAUUCACAUAGCCACGUAUUAUGUGGCACAGACAGUGAUAGAGCACAAACAGCAUCUGGCCAAGGCUGUGUUUUAUAAUCCGGCCAAUUGCAACCAGCCUAGCACACCAGUCGGCGGCAAUGCCUCGCGAAUGGCCUACGGCAACGGAUAUCCUCCUCAAGUAAUGCAGGUUCCGGCUCCAAUAAUGCAGAGUCCCUACAUGGGCCAGCCUGUUCAACAGCCUUAUGGACAAUAUAUCCCAGGCGCCGCUGCUGGAGCGGUUGCUGCACCAGUCCCUGCGCCAAUGCAAGCACAAUCAGGACAGGAAAAAAUCAACCAGGACAUUUACGUUCCACAGAUGCACAUAGGGCUAGUGAUUGGAAAAGGCGGGAAAAACCUCAAAGAUAUCCGUACAAUAACCGGAUGCUACGUCAAGGUCAAUGACGAGGUUCCCGGCGCCACAGAGAGAAAACUCACUUUAAUGAGCACAAGCCCGUUCGCCAUCCAGCAGGCAAUAAUGCUCAUAAACAACAAGAUUGAGAAUGAGAAACAGAGGCAGAGAAAUCAUAGAGAUGACUAG